AAAGACUUGACGGGAUCCUGGAGUGCCGGUGCCAUUCAACCGGGUGACGAUCUGUUGGCCAAACUCUGCUUUAUGAUGAAUCAUGUACAAGUUGAAGGAGCAAAAAUGGAUUGAUUGAGCUCUACUUGGCUAUUAUUCCAUGGAGAGCCUAGUGCAUUACAGCAAUCCCUCCCAUGCCCUCUCAGUGUUAGGGGUUCUCAAUGACCAGCGUCUGCGGGGCCAGAUGUGUGAUGUAGUCCUGGUUGUGGCGGACCAGAGGUACCAGGCCCAUAAGAGUGUUCUGGCUUCCACCAGUGAGUAUUUCCAGUCCCUGUUCACACGGAUGGAUGCAGAGUCACUGAAAGUUGUAAACCUGGACUUUUGUGAGCCUGACGCCUUUGAGAUAGUUCUGAAUUACAUUUACUCCUCCUCACUUUUUGUGGACAAAGGCAGCCUGGCAGCCAUUCAAGAGCUGGGCUACAGCCUGGGAAUCCCUUUCCUCACCAACAUUGUGUCAACAAGGCCACACGCAUCCUACUGUGUGUCAAGAAAAAGGCUUUCGUUCUCAGAAGGGGAUGAGAAUGAUGUCCAGACAAGGAGCGUCAUUGUGCGUCGGGUCCGGAAUGACACGCCCCAUCCCUCGCUCUUAAAUUAUCAGAGAAAAACAUCAGAGAGAUCCUCAUCUCCCCAUUCGACUCGAGAGUCAGCUCUGCCUCCAUCAGUACACAACUCAUAUGAAUCAGUCCGAAACUCUGACUCCAUCAGCAGGAAAUCAUCUGAACAGAGUGAAGCUGCAGGGAGGAAGUCCACCUAUCCAUACACAUCCAUAUUAAAAGGGAACUCAUCCCACAUCACAUCUGUUAGGCCCCAGCUGACAUCAUCAGUGUCUUUCAGUGAUGCGGAAGUGCAGCACAUUGGGCUGCAGUCUGGCACUGACCAGGACACUAAACAGAAGAAUGACGAGCUGGAGACCCACUAUCACACCAAAGUGCCCUUUCCGGGUCGGGCCCCUGAGCCAACCCAGACCAUUGACAGGAGCGGGCCGCUCAUAAAAAGCCUACUCCGAAGAUCAUUAUCCAUGGACAGCCCUGUUCCAGUCUUCUCACCCACACUGGAGCUCAAAGUGCUGCAAAAUCGUGAACAGUCCGUUGUUAAAAUGGCAUCAAAAGCAUCUGGGCCAGAAACAUCUGCUCACAAUGGCAAUUCAAAAAGAUCAUCUCCGCUAGUUCUCAGGUCAAAGUACCCCAGCAGGUACGAUGAAAAAACUCAGGUAGAAAGAGAGGUCAGUGUGAAGGCUGAGCCCAGCAGUCCACUCGCUGAUCCCAUGGACAUUGUUCGAAUUACAGUUGGAGAUGCAUUGCCAGUCAAUCUUAAAGACUUGCAAACAAAUUACGACCAAGGUUCCAGGCCAGACUUCAGUCCUUUUGGGAAAAGGAAGGACAACAGAAGGUACCCAUUCAAGAAGAACAAAAUAUUUAAAGAACAUACCUUCCCACUUGAUGAGAAAAUGUCAGAAACAGUACCUCAGAGUGCCGGCAGCGACUCCAAUGAAAACUGUGGGGAGCCGCCUCAGAACAAGAUUUUCAAAUGCUGGAACUGUUUAAAGGUUUUCAGGUCCAGUGCUGGGCUACAUCGUCACGUAAAUAUGUAUCACAACCCUGAAAAGCCGUAUGCUUGCGACAUCUGCCACAAGCGCUUCCAUACCAACUUCAAAGUGUGGACUCACUGCCAAACUCAGCAUGGUGUAGUACAAAACCCAGCCUCGUCCUCCAGCUCCUCUGUACUGGACGAUAAAUUUCAAAAGAAGUUGAUAGAUAUUGUGCGAGAGAGGGAAAUAAAGAAAGCCUUGCUUUGGAAGUUAAAGAGGAAUAAGCAGGGGUUGCAGUCUCCUACACUCACCAAAAAGAGAUCAAGGCCUAGCUUCAUAUGUCCUUACUGUGGGAAAGUAUUUGUGUUCCAGUCUCAGUACAGACAGCAUUUAAGGACACAUCCUGCUGAAAAAGCUGACCAGGACACAGCGAACGAGAGCAUCCUCUACCAGGAACAGGAUGAGAACAUUCAACAGAAGAGCACAGACGCUGGUGUUUACUCCUGCAGACUUUGCAAUAUGAAGCUGUCUUCACUCUUUGAGCAGGGCGACCACGAGAGGGGCUGUCGGCAUGCAACUGUAUGCCCUUACUGUGGCCUCCGAUUCUCCAGUCCAACAGUCAAGAAGGACCACGAGGCACAUUGUAAGUACAAGAAACUGACGUGCCUGGAAUGCAUGCGGACCUUCAAGUCCUCCUUCAGCAUAUGGCGCCACCAGGUGGAGGUCCACAACCAAAACAUGAUGACAGCUAAAGAGCAGAUUCACCUGAAGCAACAAGAGAACAACGAAGAGGCGUCUGAAAUGCUCAUAGACGAGCAUUACAGUGAUGAUCCUCUAGCACCCGGGAGCUCAUCCAGAGAGAUUAUCACUUACAGUGACUCCUCAGGUCCACCCAUGUACGAUUCAGACUCCUCAUCCUAUGUGCCUGAGGACCUGAGCAUGGGCCAUCAUGGCAGGCUGGUAGUGAAAGAAGAGCCGGUAGAGGAGGCUGUGAGUGAGAUGGAAAACACAGAGACUGCCAAAUCUGGGCCUGAGGAAGCCGGUGUCUGGCCAUGCGAGAAAUGCGGGAAUCUUUUCAGCUCUCGCAAAGACCUGGAACGACACCAGGAGCUGCUAUGCCACAUCAAACCAUUCAUCUGUCACAUCUGCAACAAAGCCUUCAGGACCAACUUCCGCCUUUGGAGCCACUUCCAGUCUCACAUGUCGACUGCUAACGAACCCGGAGCCAAAGAGAUCGACAGAGCCCCCUCGCCUCUGUCUCCCUCCCCCCCCACGACCCCUCAGACCUCUGAACGUCCCUCCCCACAGGCCUCUGUGCUCAAAUCCACCCAGACGGCGGCGCCAGUCGCUGCAGUAAUGGCCGAGGAGUCCAGCAGCCCAGAGCCCUGUGGCUCCUCAGGAAGCAAGACGAAGAGGACUGAACUAGAACGGCAACCCAGCAGCCACAGCCCUCUGUCAAGGUCCAACAGCAUGGAGAAUGCAGGUGGCCCUCAGGAAUCAGACACACUCUUUUACCAUGCACCGUCUCUCUCUGCCCUGACGUUUAAGAGGCAGUACAUGUGUAAACUCUGUCACAGGACCUUCAAGUCGGCCUUUAGUCUCUGGAGCCAUGAGCAGAGUCAUAGCCACGUGUAAGCAUCAGACGAGUUAUAGUAGUGCAUUUCUCUUGAGAGACGAUACUUAAUAUUCGUGUAAACACACCUCAUCCUACAAAAGGAAGACUUUGAAUGUAUAGCUUAUCUGCUUGCCUCCAAUGUAAUACAGUAUAUAUUAAAGUGGCCAUGUUCAUUAGAGGUGUAAAUGUGAAUGUGCAAUCAAGUGCUAGAUUCCUUGUGAGACAAGAUGAUUAUAACUGGUUUAUUUUUCUUUCAAAAUGAGCUAUAAGCAUUUAUCUAUUUUAAAGCUCUAUUAGUUGUCUACUUGUAUUUACCUAUCUAGGUGUUUUGAGAAAACAAGGUACAGAGUUGCACCCCUCAUUACUUGUACCACUUAAGGUACGUAACAACUAGGGUUGUACCGCAUAGUUCAAAGCUUCAUUCACAGCGUAGAGAUUCGAAUUCUAAGUCAACAAUCAAAUGCUGCUCAAAACCUGGUAUUUUUGCACAGUUGCAGAUAAAGAUUGGGCUAUACUUGUAUUAUUAGUAUUAUAAUAUUUGUAGAAUUAAGAUUCCAGUGGUGGCUGCAUAGGAUUGUUUUUCGGCUUGGGUGAUCCAAACAUUUCCAAUAACUCCAGAGAAUUGUUUCUGCCGUAGCAUACUGUUGCUAUAAGCCUCAGGGCGCUAUUAUGAUUUCAUCGUUAUUUUAUUCCCUUAUUAGAUAGCGUUCUGCCUACAUGCAUUUAUGUUGACGCAACUGAAAAUUUAUAUUCAUUAAAGAAAGUUGAUUUGAUUGGAAAAGACUAACUUUUUUUAAGGGUGAUGAUGUCACCCUUUGCUUUAGUU